AUUUCCUGGGCUAAACAGGAAGCAGUUUUCUGAUGUCAGCUGCGCUUUUCUUUCUUCACAACAACAAAAGAUAAUUUAACUAAUUUAUUGAACCUUUUUAUAAACAAACGGGCAGGUUGAGCCCUGAUUUAACAGGAGUUCAGCGGGACGCCAUGCUGUCGGACGCAGAUUACUCCGGGAACGGCUCCGGUGCUCGCAGAGCCAGGAAACGGAGCUCCGGUGAGUCCCCGGGGGACGGACAGACCCUGCGCUCCUCCGGGAGGCAGAACACGACCCGGGUGAAGCGCAGCAACAACCCUCCACCUGGACAGAGUAAAAGGAAAGCCACGGAAACAGAGGAGGAAGAUGAGCAGGCUGAGAAGAAGUACAGGAAGUGUGAGAAGGCGGGAUGCUCGGCCAUCUACCCAGUUUGUUUUGCGAGUGCAUCAGACAGGUGUGCAAAAAAUGGAUACACUUCUCGCUGGUACCACCUGUCAUGUGGUGAACAUUUUUGCAACGAGUGCUUUGAUCACUCCUAUAGAAGUCACAAGGACGGCUACGAGACGUUUGCUUCCUGGAAGAAAGUGUGGACUAGUAACGGGAAAAGCGAGCCGAGCCUUAAGGCCUUCAUGGCCGACCAGCAGCUGCCGUUCUGGGUUCAGUGCACCAAACCGGACUGCAGGAAGUGGCGCCAGCUGACCAAGGAGAUCCAGCUCACCGCCUCCCUGGCAGCAGCAUACCGCUGCGGGAUGAAGGUCAAUAACAUCAAGAUUGAAGGACCUGACCAGUGUUCCCAACCAGAGGACUUGAGGGUUGCAGAGGUGAGUGAGAGCUGGUGGCACUCCAUGCUGAUUCUGCCUCCGCUGCUGAAGGAAAGUCCGGCCGGCGCGUUCCUCUCGGCGUAUUAUCCCGACUGCGUGGGGAUGAGUCCGUCCGGCUCUCCCUGCAACGUCUCUGCGGCCGAGCUGCGGGCGGAGCCGUGCAGAGCCGUGCAGCCGCAGAUUCCAGGCCUCUGUCCGUACUUCCAGCCCUUCUACCAGCCCAACGAGUGCGGCAAGGCUCUGUGUGUGCGGCCCGACAUGAUGGAGCUGGACGAGCUCUACGAGUUUCCAGAGUUUUCCCGGGAUCCCACCAUGUACCUGGCCCUGAGGAACCUCAUCCUGGCCUCCUGGCACAAGAACUGCAAGGAAGUGCUAACGGCUGAGAAGUGUGCUCAGCACAUCAUCGUUCGUGGUUUGGUGCGCGUGUGCUGCGUUCAGGAGCUGGACCGGGUUCUCCACUUCAUGACCAGGAAGGGCCUGAUCAACACCGGCGUUCUGGCCGUGAAGCAGCCUCUGCUGCCUGAACGAUACCGCUCUAAGAAGGUGAUCGUCAUCGGUGCCGGCGCCGCAGGACUGGCUGCAGCCCGGCAGCUGCAGAACUUUGGCACACAGGUGGUUCUGCUCGAGGCCCGGGACAGAAUCGGCGGUCGGGUUUGGGACGACGGCUCUCUGGGCGUCACCGUCGGCCGAGGCGCCCAGAUCGUCAACGGCUGCGUGAACAACCCCAUCGCUCUGAUGUGUGAACAGAUGGGCAUUAGGAUGCACAAGCUGGGCGAGCGCUGCGACCUCUUCCAGGAGGGCGGGCGAGCCACUGACCCGGCCAUCGACAAGCGCAUGGACUUCCACUUCAACGCCAUCCUGGACGUGGUUUCAGACUGGAGGAACGACAAGUCGCAGAGCCAGGACGCACCACUAGGAGAAAAGGUUCAGGAGAUAAAGAAGAACUUCCUGCAGGAGUCUGGGAUGCAGUUCAGUGAUUUGGAGGAGAAAGUUCUUCAGUUUCAUCUCAGCAACCUGGAGUUUGCCUGCGGAAGCACGUUAAACCAGGUAUCGGCCCGAUUCUGGGACCACAACGAGUUUUUUGCCCAGUUCUCAGGAGAUCACACUCUACUAACGAAGGGUUACUCAGUUUUACUCCACAAACUGGCUGAAGGCCUCGACAUCCGCACCAACUGUCCGGUUCAGGCCAUAGACUACUCAGCUGACGCUGUUAAAGUGACCUCCUCUAACGGAUCCCAGUGGACGGCCCAGAAGGUCCUCGUUACGGUCCCGCUGACUCUGCUUCAGAAGAACGCCAUCCGCUUCAACCCGCCGCUUCCUGAACGGAAGCUGAAGGCAAUCCACAGUCUGGGAGCGGGAAUCAUAGAAAAGAUUGCUCUUCAGUUUCCGAACCGGUUCUGGGACUCAAAGAUCCAAGGAGCGGAUUAUUUUGGUCACAUCCCGCCGUGUCCAGACAAGAGAGGCAUGUUCAGUGUCUUCUACGACCUCGAUCCACAGGGGAAACAGGCUGUGCUGAUGUCCAUCAUGUCUGGUGACGCGGUUUCUGCCGUCGGGGACCUGGAGGACUCGGAGGUGGUCGACGAGUGCCUGAAGGUCCUGCGAGAACUUUUCACAGAGCAGGAAGUUCCUGAUCCUCUGAAUUAUUUUGUGACGCGUUGGAGCAAAGACGUGUGGUCCCAGAUGUCAUACAGCUUCGUGAAGACAGGGGGCAGCGGAGAGGCCUACGACAUCCUGGCAGAAGACGUGCAGGGAAAAGUUUUCUUUGCAGGCGAGGCCACAAACCGACACUUCCCUCAGACGGUGACCGGAGCCUACCUCAGCGGCGUCAGAGAGGCCAGCAAGAUGGCCGCCGUGUGACCGGACCGCCCCGCCGCUCUCUGAAGCACCAGCACCAACUCGAACCCCGUACUCACUGUGACAGCCGUCUCUGCCGCUGGUUCCGGUUCCGGUCCGGAUCUGCAGCUCAUUUCCACCAGCAAAAUGCUGUUUAUUUAUGUCAUUUGAUGCAAACUGCAGCUCUGUAGAUUCAUCAGAAACACAAUGAACAAUGAGACUGAAAUGUGGAUGAACUCUCAGGCGUCCCAUCAUCACUGAACAGAUUAUUCAAAGUUUUCCCAAUUGUAGAAAUUUAUGAUCUGUAGUUUUUCUGGUCGAUGUUUUAUGAUGAAUUGUUGAUUUAGUCAGAAUGAUUCUUCCGCAGCACUUUUGAUUUAAAACUGUAAGUUUCUUACCAAGUGGACCUCAGCAUUCAGAAUACAGCAGACUCUUCUGUUUCUUUCUCAGGGAUCUUAUCAGGAAGUGCUGACCCUAAAACAUCGGACGGUUUUCAAUAUGUGGGCAUAAAAAUGACGGAAAUCCUUCCUGAAAAGUGACGUUUCUGAGAUUUGGAGAAGUUCCUCACUUUCUCUCGAUUAACUGUGACUAAUGAGGAUUCAUGUGACUUCAUGUCCUGUUUGUCUUGUUUGUGUAAUAAACCGAGCUACAAACUGCCACAAAGA